AUGGACAACAUUAGUGACCUCGUCGCACGGCUGGGUAGCGAUGAAGACUCGGUCCGAAAAAUGGCAGUUUUCAAGCUUCAAUCCGCCAUUGGCGACCCUUCCUUCGCAGACAUGUUCAUCAGCGAAGGCGGCCUUCCGAAGUUGCGGUUCCUCUGCCUGCAAGCGACGGGGAACACCUUAGCGUAUAGUCUCACGUCGCUUUCACGGCUGCUGGAACUGGACAUGGGCUGGGACCAUAUCUCCCAAGAGAUUAUUGAGCGAGCGGUCGAGUUGGUCGUCACCCAACCGCUGGUCAACAUCCUCCGCGGCGCCAUGUCCAUCCUCGUCGCCAUCGUCUCACAUCCACACACAGGCGCCUCUCUAGUCGGGUCCUUCGGCUUCCAAGCCCUCAAACCGGCCGUCGCGCUCUAUCCGCAGUUCAUGGAAAUGCUAGUCGCGCGGCUUUCCUCCGCCGACCACGCACUCUGCGCCAACUCGUUGCAAUUGAUCAAUGCACUGAUGCGCGACGCGGUCACCAAUGACCUGGAAGGAGAAUGGCCGAAGUUCAUAAAGAAAUUACAGGACCUGGGCGUGAUCCGCGCAGUCUACAUGUUGAUGCAGAGCACCGCGAUCCACGAUCUUGCCCAUCCGUUGUUGGAGUUCCAAAGCUUGACAAAGUUGAUGUUAAGGAAAUGGAGGGAUAUCAAGGUUGACAUGGAGACUGCGGACCACCGGAGAGCGUUGCGAAGUCUCUAUGUUGCAAGCAGUGCAUCUAAAUCUGGCGGAGAUGACAGCACGCUGGGUAGCAAGAAGGCACCUCCGGAUCGCUGGCGGAGGCUAGGCUUUGAGACGGAGUCACCUGCAUGGGAGUUUGAGAAUACGGGAUUCUUGGGCAUGAUGGAUUUGACGGAUUUUGUCCAGAAAUAUGAAGACACAUACCAAAAAUUGCUCCUGGAGCAGUCGACCAAACCGCUUCAACAGCGGUGUCCCAUCACCCGAGCAAGUCUGGCAGUCACGAGCACAUUGUACGAGCAUUUCGAGGUGGAUAAGUCGGACAACGAGGACUCUCAACGAUAUACAUUGCUAGAUUCGCGGACGAACUUUGAGAAGGCGUUCAAACCGUUGUUGCUUCACUGGUCUCGGUUGCAUACAGCGGGUCUGAACGCUUAUCUUCGCCUAUGGAAGACAACUGGUGCAGAAGCCGAUGAUUUCGAGAAGGUCGAAGAACUGGUCCGGAUCCUCGUGGAGCAGGUGGUCGGAGAGGCAUCCCGCACGAAAGAUAUCGCCGAGGUCGAGGAAGAAUUGGCCGAGUUCGAGUACCAGAAGCUCAGGGAAUUGCAGAUGGAAUUGCUCGAGCUGACAUAUGAGGAUGCUUGGGGCCACCACCUCCGACAAGUACGAGAGGAGCUCAACCACGAAGCCCUCCAAUUUGUCAAGGAACAGCGCAUCCGAUGCUUACUGCAGGGAGCCUGGUUCCCGCACUCCAUCGGCUAUGGAUCGGAAAACGGGCCUGUUACGAAGGCCAAUCUCAAUCGUAACGUCCCAAGCGCGUGGCGGUACGUCAAGCUGUCCCACAACCGCAGGUUCCUGCAUUACGCGGAUUACGAAGGCAGGGCCGAGAAAGAGCCCGGCUUAGACGAUCUGAACAAUAAAAUCGACCUCUCCGCCGUCUCCUCCGUCGUCUCCAACGUCUCUGCCUCCCCACCUUCCACAUCCUCCUCCUCAUCUACCAUCAAAACUACCGUACCCGCCCAAACAUCCACCAAGAUUACCGUCCAUGGCUACAUCCCCUCCUCCCACAAAGACUCCUCCGUCUCCCAAGGUGACAAGGAAAUGGUCCUCUUACAGCUCAACCCGCAAUCUCACACCCUCGCAUCCGAAUGGCUCGACGGACUCCUCAUGCUCCUCAACCAGCAACCCAUCACCGCGGAUACGAACAAGCUCGUGAACUUGAUCGGUAGCUACGGGCUGAAGAUCCGCCUCCUGAACGUGCGGUUCGAGGACGUCGGACUGGAGGAGCCCGUCUUGCCGACUCGGGAUGGGGUAGAUGAGGAUUAUUACUAUGAUAUUGGAGGCAUGGAUGCGGGGGCUUGA